UGUAAAUAUAUUUCUAAAAUUUUAAAUUAAUUUAUUACAUUUUUACAACACUAUAAUACAUUUGUUGAAUGUUAGUAAACAAAGUGAUAUUUUUACACUGAUUUCAAUAAAACAUUCAAUUCAGUACAUCAUAAUAUACUAAGAUAGUCGUAAUGCCGACCGUAUGUAAACACUAUUGGAAUAUUUAUGAAAUUCAAAUUAAGUAUGUUAUAAUUAAAUGAAUCUUUUUCAUCUUUUUACUCAAUUUUAUCUCAAAUACUUGGUGUUGACCAUUCUUAUAAUAAAAUUCCACUCGACAAUAUCAUCUACAUCAUCUACACAGACAUCUGUUGUCCUCACAUCGCAUUAUCAUUUUUUGUGAGAUUAAGGUCAAAAUAAAAGUUAUAGCAUUUUAGAAAAUCAAAAAUAUGAAAUAUUUUUAUCCGAUGAUAAAUAUAAUUUCUUAAAUACGAAUAAUAAUGCAAAAAAUGACUAUGAAACUAAUUAGAAUAUGCCACUAAAUUCAUAAAAAAAGUCUCUAAUAACAACGUAAAUAACCUGAAUGUAACAAAAUUUCACUUGAUAAUUUUUCACAAAUACCAUUCAAUUGAUUACUGACGUCUAAAGAAUUCACCAACAACGAAAGUCUAAUUAUAAUUUUUUAACUGCUAGGUUUUUAAUUAUUAUUUCAAGAUGAAUAUGAAUAAAGAAAAUACGUGUUUUACCAACUAUGUUCUUUGGAAGAUGUUUCAACACUACUCGUAUGUGAGCUCAUCAGACGUCCAGAAUGUUAUUACAUGGAAAUAUAUUUUGAAUUUAUUAUUUUUUACAACACCAUUACUCAUAGAAACUUUAGCUAUUGUAUCGAGUAUUAUUGGAUCUCAAAAUUUAAUAUAUGAUGUCUACGCUUUGAUUCAAAAUGUACUAGAAGCACUUGGAGCAUUAAUGGCAAUAAUUACAGUCAAAACAUUAGCUGAACAAUCGAAUUCCAUUUGGAAACUGAUAAAUAUGAUACGUGAAGAUUUGUUUUGUACAGAAUAUAAAAAAUAUGUGUUACAAUGUUCAAAUAAUAUGUACAAAAGGUUCACAAUAAUUUAUGCUUCUAUUAUUAUAUUUUUAUGGUUUUCAUGGAUGUUUAGUCCUUUAAUAAUCAAAGAUCUGCCUAUAAAAUGCGCUAAUAAUGAAGUUAUUGUCUAUAGAAAUAAUAUCGUGAAUGCAUUUUACAACGUUAUACCAUUUAAAACUUAUAAUAAAUUUUUCUUAAUAUUUUGGUUGAUUGAAACUUUUGCUUUGGCUCAUGUUUUCUUGAAUUUAUUCGUAUUUGACAUCAUAUUAACGUCAUGUUGUUGGAUGCUAAGUGCAAAUAUGGAAAUGAUUUCUUUAAAAUUUAAAUCUUUGGGCUAUGAAAAAGUAAUCAAGUCCAAAUCAAAUAGUCAUUCUGCUAUACAAAAUUUGAAAAUAGUUAUAUCACAACACAUGAAAAUUGUUUCAAAAAUUGAGAAGUUUUAUGAACUGAUAAAACCACUAGCUAUCAUACUAAUGGGAAUAAAUUCGAAUAUAGUUAUAGUGGCAACAUAUUUGUCGGUUUUGAAAAAUGCAAUGACUUUCGCCAUGUAUAGUAGCAAUUGGACAAAUAAAGAUAUCAAAUUUAAGAAGUCAUUACUGAUGGCGAUGAAUAUGAACGAGGCCAAUUUUAUAGUUAUGAGAGUAACGCCAACCCAAUACUUGAAUUUUGAAAUGUUUUCUAGGGUCAUGAAUUUAUCAUAUUCUAUAGUGUCUGUAUUAGUUAAGAAAAAAUUAUCCGAAAAGUCUAAUUGAAAACGUUAUUUAGUUGAUGUUUAAAUAUAUUUAAUUUUAUAGAAUAAAAAAAUAUUUGUGUUAUUGAAAACGUCUGCAUCAAAUUAUAGUUUAAAAUAUAGGUAGAGAAAUUAUACAAUUAUAAAACUAAUGACUUUGUAUAAAACUACCAAAUUAGCUAUUUGCCAAGACUUAUUUAGACAUUUAAUGUGUACAUAAAAACACAUCCACUCAAAAACAUUAGUGUAAUAAUUUUUUAUACAAUGUACGUAGUAAUAAUGUUGUAUAAUUGUGUGAUAGUACCAAAUUCUCCACAUUUAUGUGAACCAACCAACCAUUGUGAAGUUGUCUUACACUCAGUUAAAGUUAUUUUUAAUAAUAUUACUUUGAAACUAUAAUAUCUUAUACAAAUCAUCAAAUGAAAACCAGUUUAAUAAUAUUUUUUUAAAUAGUUAUAUGCCAUAAACGGUCCAAACAAUUUCAACACCUGAAUCAUAUGCCCCUAUUUUUCUCCCUGAAUACUAAUCUGGCUAUUCGGUAAUAAUUAUUCAAGUAAUAAGAAAAUGGAAUUGAAUCAAUACAUUUUUGCUAUUCAAAAUGAAAUGUUGGACUAAUGUCUAAAAAUAAUAGAUUAACUUAAACUAUCAACUCGUUAACCUUUUUCAAUUAACUUAAUUUUAAUGAGUUAUAAAAAUCAUUAUAUUGCAUAGCCCUGUUAUCUAUUAAUAUUACAUUUAAA